AUGGGCUGUGCUUAAAGUAGGAAAAAAAAUGAGGAAUGUUCUAUGAUAUCCUGUGAAAUUAAGUAUUUAUUGCCAGAAUUAGUUUAAGCAAUUAAACUAGGAUAACAAUGCAUUUACUCUGAAGAAUCACCGAUUAAAUUAACUCCUGUUAAAGAAAUAGGAGGGAUAUUUUGCAAAUUAGAAAGUCUCCUACCAACAGGAUCAGUCAAAAUGAGAGCAAUAUAUCAUAUGUUGUAUAGGUUGCAUCAAAAAAAACGGCAUAAAGGGAUGGACUAAAUGAAUCUCGUCAUCUGUUCCUCUGGGAAUGCAGCUAUGGCUUGCAUAGAGUGUUUAAAAUUAUUGAAAAAAGAAAAGAAAUAAGAAAUAUCUGAAGAUUAGACUAUUAGUGAAUUUCCCUAAGAUGACACUCCAACUGAUCCAGGUUUAUCCGCUAUCAUAAAUAAUUAAUAAUUAUCCUCUAAAAUAAAACCUUAUUAAUUACUUGGAUAGCUUAUUAUAUUUUGCAAACAUUUAAAUGAAAUACAUACUUUUAAUGAUUUACCAAAUGUUUAAGUUAUUAAUUCUUAAUUAAAUAAACCAGACAUCGAGAUUGAAGCAUUCAAAUAUGCUCAAGAUCAUGGCUAUGACUAUAUAGAUCUAUUAAACGACGUCGAUGUUUUCGGAGGCUAUGCUACGAUUGGAUUUGAAAUUGAUCAAUGGUAAAUCUUGACAAAUACUAAAAUUGACUAUGUAUUUGUAACACUUAAGAGUGGUGCUUUGAUCGCAGCCAUUGCAUUCUACCUAAAAUACAUAGCCUUAACAUAAAUCCAAGUUAUUGGAGUUAUGUUGUAUGGCUCCACUAGGAGUGAAUCAACAAUGUGUUCUCAAAUUAUAGAGGGAUUUAUUGAUGAAAUUAUUUUCGUUACCACUUAGGAUGUUGAAAAAGCAUAGUGUGAAUUAGCUAAAGCAGAAUUCAAUUCAGCAAUAGCUUAUGCAGGAUGCAAAAAAACAUAAUAUAAAAAUAGUCUUGUCGUACUUUCAGGAAGCAAUAUUGCUGUGAGUAAUUUAUCUAAAUUGAUAACUAAAUAUCAAUGA